CGCUCGAGCCCAUCGCACUCAUCAGGCCUCUCCGACCUCCUGAGAAGCAGAACCAGCACCCAAAGGACCGCAAGCUGCCAGGACAGGACCUCUUGCUGGAUCACGUUCAAGAAAAACAAGAUUUUAUUUGGGGUGGGGGGGGGGGAUAACAAUUGGAGCACUUUGAAUGACUAUUAGAAUUAGUAGGCUACUUUUCAAAGCGUGGAUCACGCCGGGUUGUUGUGGUGCUUGGAACUUUUUGGGGGGACUAACGCAGGCGCGCAUCAGUCUGGCGCACACAGCAAUCUGAUGCUGCUGAUCUAUGCGGAUUAAAUCAAGUUUUUUUGGGGGGGACAAAAUCAGGUGACGGUGGACUGCCUUCUACAACCUCAUCUUCGACCUCUGGAUAGCUGACGUCACCGUGCGAAGACAGCUCGGGGCGCGCUCCGCAGGGAGAGAGCCGCGUACUGUCCGGGUCGGGAGAGCCAGUGUCCCCGCCGGCCGAGGACAGCGGGCCUCCGGAGCCUCCAUAAAUGCUCGGCCCGUCGCAGAAGCUCCAGGCUGGGCAGCAAGAUGAGCUCCACCGCGCAGCUGCUGCUCGCGUUACUGGCGACGUGCGUGCGACUUGGCGCGGCCGAGCUCUACAACAGAGAUGGGAGCGGAAUUACAGCAGGCAUUUCCCGGCCGGCCUGUUGGAGACUCUGAAAGGGCAACCAACAAUGCAGGAAAAGGCAUAUAGUAGUACGGGCCCGGUCGAAAUACUUGCUCAUGCACGGAUGGUUGCUUCCUUUGGCUGAAACCUGCUUCCUAGAGGAAUUUGGGGGAUCCACUUCCUGCAGCCCUGGUGGAGCUGGUUAGAAACAGUCCCAUCUCGUCCAUUGAAGAUCUUCAGCUGCUUCUGCUCACUGAUUCCGUAGAUGAGGAGGAGGGAAACUCAGCAGCAAAUGGAGGUCACAGACUACCAAGGAGCCUGGUAGCUCAGCCAGCCCAGCAGGCUGUGUGUAAAGUUCGCACAGAGGUAGUGGAGGUCACCAGGGCAAUGUUAGAUCGAAGCAACGCUAACUUCCUGCUAUGGCCGCCAUGCGUUGAGGUUCAGCGUUGCUCUGGUUGCUGUAACACCAAAAGCCUGCAGUGCGUCCCAUUUGUCACACACACCAGAUAUCUGCAGGUCAUGAAGAUUGAAUACAUAAAUAAAAGACCCACUUAUGCUAAAGCGGUGGUGUCAGUAAUGGACCACGUGGAGUGCCGAUGUCAGCCUACGCCAAGACAGCAGCUACUGAAGAGAAAAUCCUCUCGCCGGCAUCACGGCCACAAGGACCAGUAUCGCAACCAGACGCUCAGCCAAGGACACAGACAGGUCAAGGUGCACACCAAGGAUGAGCUACAUCAGUGGGAUGAACUGAAGCAGAACCAGGGUUCCCUCCUGGUGGACCUCCUGGAGCAACACUGGAGCCCCAGAGGAGACACGUUCACUCAGCCUGGCGAAGGCUACAGUCUGGCUGCAGAGGAAUCAUCUCUACCUGAAGAGUCUGUUCUCAUUGGCCCACACUGGACACACAACUCCACAGGGUUCCUGGAGACUAAAACCCAAAUGGAGAAUAAGGAGACCAAAGAAAGGAUGUCAGAAGGAAACAAGACUCUGUCUUCAGUGGCUCAUGUUGGCAUGACUAAAACGUUAGAAGAUAAUAUGGGGCUCAUCAAUCUUGAAGGAAUGAUUAUUGAUGGACCAAAGGGCAGGAAUGAAGGUACACAAAUACACAGUCCAUCUAGGCAGGAAGAAAAAUUUGCAUUUCCAAAGCCUGUCACUCAAAAACCUCAAACCAAGUGGAGUUCAAUUGAGGAAGCCAUUGGCAGGUUUGGGAGCAGGUUCAGACCCACCAAAGAACCCAACCCGGACCCUCGGGAACAGACCAGGCGGAGAGACAACAAGACUCCAGAGGAGGUGAGAAUUCUGCAGAUUGCACAGCAAAGGUUAGAGGAGGAGAGAAAAGAGCUGUUCCUGCUUCACAAGAGGUUGGACCAAGAGAAGGAGAUACUAAAACAACAGCAAAAGAAACGAGAGGAGGAGCAACGCCUCCUACGUAGCAGACAUCGUUACUUGCAAACAACAACGGCACCGUGGCCAGAGAUAACGCCCAUGGCCACCAAACAACGUUCAACAGAUCCAGCAGGGCCCAGACCUCCAGCACAUCCAAAGAGAAGGAUGAGGAAGAAUCGAAAACGGAUAAGCAAGGCAGCUAUGAGAGCAAUGCUAAUGUAAAACCUUUCAGAAUUCCAGGAGCACAAGGUGAACUUGGAGUAUGGAUAAUCCAGGUCUUAAUAAAAGUGACUACUCCUCAGUGACUCUAUUGUUUGAAGAAGCCAUAACUGCACCUGGAUGGAGUAAAAGGGAAGAAGGAAGCAGAAAAAACAUUUCUGCAAAAGUUGGAAGUGGCACCCAAAGACUUUCCAAAAAUGUGUGCCAUAUUUCCUGCAUUUGAACAGAACUGUGGAAAUCAGUGUAACCUCUCUACAUGGAUGCUUGUUUUGAGAUCAGAAGAGAGAAAUUGCACUUCUAUGUUGACAUAAAUAUUGAAAUAUAUGAAAAAGUCAGUUUCUGAAAGACUGCAGACAAAGUGCAGACUUCCAAAUGCAACGCUGUGGUCUACUAUACUGAUGACAUGCGAAUUGUAAGAGGGCUGCACACCAAAGUUAAGUUGACUAAGAUAACGUUUAAUUACCAAUGAAAACAGUGAAUACGUCUCGACCAUAUUUAAUUCCAUUUUAUCCAUCACAAACACUGGAAUUAAGCGGAUGUGAUUAGCAUGACAAAUCAAAACAAAGGUGAGCAGGGGAUGAUGUUACACCUGUGGCCUUUCUGCUUUCUACAUUAUUAUUUAUUUACCACAACUACUACUAAGGGUUAACCUUCACCAGUUUUGAAAACACUAUGUAACAAUGUCAUGCAAGUCAGGGUUCUAACUUUUUGAGUUGUAUUUUUUUUCAUUUUUUUUGCAAAAAGGUUAAACCUUCAGUGUAUUGUGGCGUUGAGUUUGUAUGUCAAGUGCGUGUUUGCUUUUUAUGUUUGUUUAGUGUGUGUCAGAACCCUUCCUUUUAUUUGAAAGCAACAUCCAUCUCCCACUGGUGACUUUUUGGUUGAACCAAUCACAUUCCUCAGUUAAAAAAAAAAGAAAAAAGAAAAUGUAUAUGUAU